AUGGCCCCCUCGACCCGCUCGGCCAAGGAACCUCGUCUCAACUUCGGCGCCUCGAAAGCCCGCGCCGCCGCUCCUCCCGCCAAAACCACGACGACCGGUCCCGCCGACGCCAUGACCAAGCUCUUCCGUCGCGAAUUCGCCGCCAUGAUCUCUGUCCCUCCUUCGACCGCCCUCGCGCUCGAAUCGUCCGACUCGAGGUUCAAGUCGAAACUCUCGGUCGAGGUCCUCGCUAUGAACCAGCAGAUCUCGUCGGACGGGACGCAGUCGACGUUGCAGAUUUGCGCCGCGGUCGACUCGAAGGGCAGGGAGGUGGGAGAACGCUGGGUGAACCGCUCGGUUGGGUUCCGCGAGUUCUUCCCGCUGGUCGGCCGCGUGCCGAAGCGUCCCAGGCAGCUCGAGGAAGACGAGCCGGACCGCGACGCCGAGGAGAUGCAAGACGAGGAGGAGGCGGAGUCGCGCAAGAAGCGCGCGAAGAAACCGCACCCGGUCAAGCGAUCCAAAUCAGACCGGACUUCGACGUCGUCCUCGUCCCGACGAAACCGCGACAAGCCCUCCAAGUCUUCUUCGUCGCGCCGCGAACGUCCCGACGAAGACGUCGACUCUGGCGACGAGACCGAGACUGGGCCCUCUUCGUACGGACGAGGCAAGCGCGCUUGCACCGGUCGCUCUGGUGUCGCCAGUACGAGUUGGCCGGGCACCUCGCCGUCGCCUUACGACCUCAGGCCUGUCAAGAGCGAAGAAGUCGCGGACGAGCUUUCGUCGCUAUGCGGAGCGGUCGACGACCUCGCUGUCCGCACGACCGUCGAGCCGGAAACCGACGUCGAGGUCGGCACGAGCACUCGACGCAGCCAGAAGGGCAAGGGCAAAGCGACCGCCUGA